AUGCCCGUUACUCCUAUCGAAAUAGAUUGUACACCAAAAUGCCGUUCAACGACUCAUUAUCUCGAUUUAAUCCGUAUUGCAUCGCAAUCUAUUCCCGUGCAAGUCAUUCUCAAUUAUUUGUGUCGAUGUGGAAACUGCGCAAAAGGUCAUGAUAAAUAUGGUCGAACACUACUACAAAUAUGCUCGGCUCUACCGGAUAAAUGGCCAGUCAUCGACUGGCUAUUAAAACAGAAAAAAGUUGACAUCAAUUCGAAGAAUUUAGAAUCAGGCUAUACCGCAUUACAUUAUAGUGUGUUUUAUGGGAGAAUCGAUAAUACUAUCAAUCUGAUUAAAGCCGGCGCAAAUACGAAUUUACUAGAUUAUGAUCAUUUAUCGUAUAUCGAUCAUGUUGUACGCGAUACACAUAUUGAAGCGCCUCCAGAAUCUUUAGAUAUAGAAAGCUAUGAAGUUUAUACAAUGGGUGAGAACACCAAUGGAAAUCUAGGGCAUAUUCAAUCGACAGCAAAAAAGGUGCCAGAACUAAUCGAAACGUUUCGUCGGGAUUCAGUUUGCAUUAAAAAAAUUAAAAUGGAUAAAUAUCAUACGUUGUUUUUAUCUGAUAAUGGGUCGGUUUAUUCUUGCGGUUUUGGUGUUGGCGGACGUCUUGGACAUGACAGUGAAGAGCCAGCUUUAACUCCAAAAUUAAUCAUGGCAAUGGAAACAAUCAAAGAAACUGAACAAGAUCACUGUGUUGACAUAGCGGUCACGCGCGAUUGUUCUUAUUUUCUUACUGAAAAAGGAUGUUUGUGGAGUUGUGGUUUGAAUAAUUACCAACAAUUAGGACAUCCAGGUGUAUCGAAAGUCUUAGUACCAGCGAAGAUGCAAUUUCGACAGAUUAAAGAUCGAAAAGUAACGCAUAUUGCUUGUGGACGAUUUCAUGUUGCAUUGAUUGUUGAUAAUGAACAAUUAUUUACAUUCGGUCUCAAUGCUGGACAUCUUGGCCAUCUGAAAAGUAAUGAUUUAUACAUUCAACAACCAUUGCUGGUGACCAAAUUCAAUAGUCAAGUGGAACAAGUACAAAAACUUGUCUGCAGUGAUUAUGCGAUCGUUUGUUAUACCAAUAAAGAUGCGAUAUAUAUCCUGAAUGAUUAUAAAUACCGGAAGAUUGUCAAACAUGUUCCGCAUGUGACAGAACUCGCUGUGGUAGGUGGAAAGCUUGAAUCAAACGGAAUCCUUGACGACGAGAAUAUUGAUGAUGAUUUAAAAGUAUUCUAUGUUCAAUCGAAGAAAUUGUAUCUUUAUCAUGAGCGUGAUGCGGGCAACAAUCGAGCAAAAUUAUGCGUAUGGUCAACAAAACAACGAUUAACCAUUGAGCACAUAGAGGCUGGAACGAGCGCAAUACUCUUCACCACCAACACGGGACAGGUCUAUACUGCAAGUUUGGAUAAGUUAUCGAAUACGAGCAAAAAAGUCGAACAUGACGUUUCAUCGAAUUCCAUAUACGAUGAGCGUGCUUAUCAAUAUUUAUCUCCGUCACCCAUUCCACUUCUUCAUCGAUGUCGUGCAAUCGCGACUGAUCGCACCGGCCGUUCAUUAGCUGCACUUCAAUAUCAUCCGACUACACACUUGAACGCCCAUCCAUGUCAACCUCGAUCAAUUUUCCAAGAAAAUCUCCAUGAAUUACUCAGCGAAGCUGAACAUACCCAAGACAUAACACUCGAAAUCAACAAUAACCAAACAUACUCAGCUCAUAAAUAUAUUCUUUCCAUGCGUAGUCCUUACUUUCGAGAACGAGUCUACAAAAAGCAAAUUGAUCAUUUAUCAAUCACCACAGAGAACAAUAGUUACAUCGAUCCCGGGAUUUUCCAAUUAAUCCUAGAAUAUAUCUAUACGGAUAAAUGUCCAUGGUUGAAUUUCUAUAGCAAUAUCAAAACUCGCGACGAACAUGAAUAUCAAGCGUAUUUAAUUCGCAUGAAAAGUAUCGAUGAUGAUAUCGAUGACCAUCGGUAUUUUACUCGAGUUCGACAACAGACCGGUACGCAUCCGGGAGCAAAUCAAUCGGGAGCGAAAUCGAAGAAGAAGAAGAAAACGAACGCUGCUUCACCGACGGACGAAUCGAUUCCAGGACAAAAUAGUGAUGUGGAACUGAACAUUGGAUUGGAACAAUUGACUGACCUUGCGAAGUUGCUUCAACUGCACAGUCUUCGUAAAAGACUGGACACGAUUAAACAAAGUCGACAAAGAAUUGCUACGAAUUCAGUUGAUGAAUCUAUCGGUCAAAUUAAACAACGGUACCACUACACACGAGAUGCAUUACCGGAUCUACAUGAUGUUACAAUCGUGUCCGAAGAUGGAAAGAAGAUCUCGUGUCAUAAAUGCAUCUUAACAAGUCGAUUAGAUUACUUUCGUAGCAUGUUCUUAGCGGAUUGGAUAGAAAGUCAAAGUAAUUGUGAACUGAAAAUGGCAAUACCAGCUGAUUUGCUUGAGAUUAUUAUUGAUUAUUUAUACACCGAUACGAUCGCCAAUAAAUUUUCCGUGGAACAGUUGUGCCAAAUAUUGGUCUUGUCCGAUCAGUUGUUAAUCGAAAGACUGAAACAAAUUUGCGAAUUUCACAUUGCAAAUUUAGUUACGUUUCGUGAUGCUGCCGAACUUUUGCAAUUCGCUGCAACAUACAACGCCGAGCAAUUGAAAACAUUUGUUGAACAGUUCAUUUGUCGAAAUUUAGCUACGUUCCUCGAAGCACGUCUACUGGAUAAUAUAGAUCAACAAUUAUUAACCGACCUAACGAAAUCGUAUCGAAAUCUACUUGAUUGUAUGAACUAUCGAAUGAUAACGCCAUACAACGACUGUCCGUGUUUGGAUGAUCUAUUUGUUGAUAUGGAUAAUGUUGAGAACCUUUCGAUUGAUAUUGAUGACUCGAUCAAUCUUGCAGCGAAAAAGCAACAAGCACAACAGAAACGAAAACAAUUGAACAGAUUGCGAACAUCGGAAUCAGAGAAUGUGAACAAAGCAUCGCCACCAAUUUCGAUAGAAACAGUACCCACACCUGCAAUUGUAGCUCGACCGAUAAUCCAACAAGAAGAAAAAUGGACGUCUGUGUCAUCGAAAAAAACAUCGAAAGGAAAUAAAAAUACACAGUCAGCAAUGUCAAAUAAUGCUCUCGUCAGUCCAACGAGACCUGCGAUACCCGGUGCUGUCUAUUCUCAACAGGAAGCGGAGAAAUUUGCUGCAGCUAAGCGAGUAGCGGAUCUCGAUGUCAAUACGGCUAAGCCAAAAGUUACGCAACAGAUCGUAAAACCGGUGACACAAACGAAAGAUGAACCGACAUCAAAAAAUCCUUGGAAAGUAACUACUGCUGUUCCUCCGCCAAUACCACUGAAAUCCACCUUUUCAACUGAAAAAGAAGUCAAUGUUCCUAAGCCAAGCAUAACACGAGCAACAUCGAUUCAAAAUCCCACGCGUUCAAUUCCAAUAAGUCAACCAUCGCCUCCGCAACAUGACAUCAGCAACCCUUGGUCAAUGUCAGCGACAUCUCCACCAUCAGCAUCUUCAUUCGGCUAUUCCAAUAUGCCAAUGGCUACAUCACCGCCUGUCAUGUCCUUCAAAUACAUUCAAGAUCAAGAAGUCCGCGCACAUGAGGCUCUUCGACAAAUCAGUAAUAAAUCUUUGGAGAAGAUUCAGACUGAAGAGUUGGCUAUACAAGCAUUACAUCGUCUGUACAAUUCUGCUCAGGAAUUCGAUAUGUUGAUUACCGUUGAACGUGUUCUGCCCGAAAUAGCCAAUCCUAUUUGGCCUCGAACAUCAACUACGACAACGGCUUCAUCUUCAUCACCAAAUGAUGAAAUCGAACAUUUUUUCCCCAUUGCUGUCUUUAAACCGCUCGGUAUACACAGCAAUAAAGAACAUUACAGGCCUGUACAAAUGCCUAUUUUAAAUUCUCCCAAGGAUGUUCUUAUCGAAGUUUCAGCAAGUAGUGUAAAUCCAAUAGAUAUUCGUAGACGAGAGGGUUAUGGUGCUAAACUGAUUGGCACAUAUCAAUCGGCGAAAAAUGUUUUACAAAUGGGCGGAAAUGAAUUAGAAAAAUUAGAUUUUCCGAUAAUAUUAGGUCGAGAUUUCUGCGGUACAAUCAUUCGCAAAGGACCGAAAGUAACGAAAUUCAACGUUGGCGAUAAAGUCUUCGGAGCAUUGAAUGUUACACGGCAUGGUAGUUUUGCUCAAUAUUGUGCCGCUGGAGAAGAUGAAAUCUGUUUAAAACCAACCAAUAUCUCUGAUGGAGAAGCAGCUGCAUAUCCACUUGUCUCAUUAACGAGUUGGUAUGCUAUUCGAAAAUUUAGUGGAUAUAACGAAGAAAAUGCAUUUGGCCGACGCGCAUUGGUUCUUGGUGCAGGUGGAGGUGUAGGUCAUGUUGCGACUCAAUUAUUAAACAAUCUCGGCAUGGAAACAACAGCCCUCUGUAGCGAACGAUCAUUUGACUAUAUUCGACAGCUCGGUGUAGUUGAUACCGUAGAUUAUAAACAAAAAGAUUGGCUUUCUGAACUAAGUCGAAAACCAAAAUACGAUCUUAUCUUUGAUACAGUUGGCCCACGUUCUUACAGUUUCGAAUUGAUGAGUCCAUUGUUAAAUAAAGGCGGAACCUUUGUCACAAUAGUUUCACCCAUUUUUCGUAAUGUUGAUCAAUACGGUUUGAUUCCUGGCUUUGCUCGUACGACGUACACAGCAGUAAAACAAACGUACUAUGGUUUAUCCAAUGGUGUAAACUAUCGAUGGGCAGUCUACAGAGCCGAUGGACAUGUUCUGAAUGAAGUCAAGAAUCUUAUUGAACAAAAUAAGUUGAAAAUAAACAUUGAUCAACAGAAGUUUUCCUUUCAACAAAUUCCUGGAGCAAUUGCGCGUGUAGAAAAUGGUUCUGCAAAUGCAACAAAAAAAAAGAACGAAGCGCAAGAGAAUUGA